UAUGAAUCAAAUAGUUUCUGGGAUUUAAUUCAAUGUAGGUGCUAGAUAUGAAGUAAAGAAAUUAUUAGGUGCUGGUGCCUAUGGACAUGUAGCUCUUGCUAUUGAUAAGAAACAAACUGAUCCAGAGAAAUAGAAAGUGGCUAUUAAAAAACUACAUUUAGUAAGAGAUGAGAUAGACGCAAAAAGAGUGUUGAGAGAAAUUAGAAUUUUGAGAACAAUGUAGCAUGAGAAUAUUCUUCAUCUAGAGAACCUAGUCUAUGAUGAUUCAAAUAAAGAGUUAGAAUUUGGGGAAAUCUACUUAGUUACUAAUUACCUUGAAGUGGAUCUCUAUAAGAUUAUAAAAAGCGGAUAAAAUCUUACAGAUUAACAUUACCAAUAUAUUAUGUAAAUACCAUAUUUCUAAUUAGAUAUUAAUUAUUGAAAGGCUUAAAAUAUUUACAUUCUGCAAGUAUUGUGCAUAGAGAUAUAAAGCCAAGUAAUAUUUUAGCAACAGAAAAUUGUGAAAUAUGUUAUUGUGAUUUUGGAUUGGCAAGAUAAAUAGAAGAAUUAGAAGCAGAAGAUAAUAGAUGCUAAAACAUGUUAACAGAAUAUGUUGUGACAAGUAUUAAAUAUAUAUAAUAUUUAGGAUAUUAUAGAGCUCCUGAAGUAAUGCUAUCAUCACAUGAAUAUUCAACAGCAAUUGAUAUUUGGUCAUUGGGAUGCACAUUUGCUGAAUUAAUUACUAAGCAAAUUUUAUUUAAAGGAACUAAUUAUAUAUAAAUGAUAAAAUUAAUAUUUGAUACAUUAGGUAAACCUUAAGAUGAAGACUUAUAAUUUAUUACAAAUAGUAAUGCAAAGAAAUAUGUCAAUAGUCUUUAAACAAAAUAGAAAUGUACUAUUGGAAGUGUAAUUAAAUAUUCAAAUCCACUUGCAAUUGAUUUAUUAGAUAAAAUGCUUGAAAUUAAUCCUAAAAAAAGGAUUACUAGCACUGAAGUAUUAAUUAUUUUAAUUAAUUUACAGGCAUUAAAUCAUCCUUAUUUAGAAUCAAUAAGAGAUCCUGAUGAUGAACCUUCAUUUGAAGGAAAUCUAGAUUCUCAAUUUGAAAAUGAUAGCACCAUAUUAUUAAAAGAUUUGAAAGUUUUAAUAUUAAAUGAACUUAAUUUGAUGAAAUAAAUUAAUAACGAACCUCUGAUUAAUAUUUAAUUAGAAGUAGAAAAAAGAGAGUAGAUAGUGAAAAUAAAUUAAUAAAAAAAAUAAUAAUUGAAACAAUAACAAUAAUAAUAAUGA